AUGUUGUACGAAUUCGUAAUCAUGGUCAUUGGGUGCGUCUAUCCAGCAUAUGCAACCUAUUCAACUCUAAGCGGCAGCGGCAAUCAGCAGUCGCAGCUCUCGUGGAUGAAAUAUUGGAUUGUGUUUGGUGGCUUCAUUGUGCUGCACUUCAUCAGCAGCUGCAUUGAGUUCUGGGUGCCAUUCCUGGCCAGCUUGAAGCUGUGCCUGCUGCUCUGGCUGCUGCCCAGCAUUGGAGGCGGCUGCCAUCUGAUACACGAUGAAUACAUUGCGCCGCUUCUGAUGCGCAAUCAGGAGACAAUUUAUCAGACUAUCGAGAGCUUGUCGCAUCUGAGCUGCACUGUGCUCCGGGAGCUGGUCAAGUGGGUGUACAAUCUGUUGGUGGAUGUCGUGGAGAAGUGUUGGCAACUGACGCGCAAUGCCAACGACAUCAAUGUGACGCCUCGUCUCCAGGUGGCCAUCAACGAGGUGAUUUCCGAGCUGCGUGCAGCGCAUCAAGCGGCGGCUUUGGAUGUUCCAGCGAUGCAGCUGCCAGCUGUGGAGGCGGAGCAGGGACAGGAGGAGGAGAAGGAGCAGCCAGAAGAGUUUGAGCAGCAGCUGGAAGAGUUUGAGCAGCUGGAGGAGGAGGAGUCUGGGCAGCCGGAAGAGUCUAAGCAGGCGGAGAUAGCGGUUGAGCUGGAGCCGAAGCCACGGGAUAAAUCCGUCACCAUCAUCACCGAUGGCGAUGUGCAGCGACGCAUCCAACUGGCGGAGGGGGCGAGCGCCAUUCGCAUGCAGCUGAGCCACCAAUCCGCACUCAAGGAGUACUUGGUGCCCAUCAACAGGCAGCUGCAAAUGGAGGAAGCGGAUCGCGCCUAUCUCGAGUACUGCGAGGAGCAGGAACAGCAUUAG